CAUUCCCAGUCCAUCCAGACUCCAGCCUUCACGGCGCUUACGCACGCACAUAUAACAAACACACGCACACUGGUGCAGCUGGUGGUGAUGGUGGUGGUGUGAGACCACAUCAGCCGUCAACAAAGGACAGAGACCGGGAGAGAGAGAUAAGUGGUGGUGGUGGUGGUGGGGGAGACACUGCAGGAUCCAGAACAAUCCACCAAACCAGUCAGUCACUCUACACUUUUUUCAUCUCUGCGGGGAAAUCCACCAUCAGUCAAACUGGAGGUGACCGUCAGAGAAGCGUUAAUCGCUCGUGUGGACAGCACAUCCGUACUUGCGAGCUUCGGCAUCGACAUGGAGAUGGAGCAUUUCGACGACCGCGACAAAGGUCAGAGGAACAGCCGCUCCGCCGCGAGGAUGAACGGCGUGCCGAGUCCCACGCACAGCGCGCACUGUAGCUUUUAUCGCACCCGGACCCUGAAGACCCUGACCGCGGAGAAGAGGGCCAAGAAGGUCCGCUUUUACCGCAACGGAGACCGGUACUUCAACGGGAUCGUGUACGCCAUCUCCACGGACAGGUUCCGGACCUUUGACGCACUGCUCGCGGAUCUGACCCGCUCCCUGUCCGACAAUGUUAACUUGCCCCAGGGCGUCCGCACCAUCUACUGCCUGGACGGCUCCAAGAAGAUCACCAGUGUGGACCAACUGGUAGAAGGUGACAGCUAUGUAUGCAGCUCCAUCGAAGCGUUCAAAAAGUUGGAUUAUACAAAGAACGUGAACCCCAACUGGUCGGUUAACGUCAAGGCCUCGGCGGCAUCUUCUCGCGGCCCUGCGUCCCUGAGCAGCGCUAAGCCCGGCUUUCCGGAGAGCCGUGAAAACAAGGAGUUCAUACGUCCGAAGCUUGUGACGGUGGUGCGGAGCGGCGUGAAGCCCCGCAAGGCCGUGAGGAUCCUGCUGAACAAGAAGACGGCCCAUUCCUACGAGCAAGUCCUCACUGACAUCACCGACGCCAUCAAGCUCGACUCUGGAGUGGUGAAGAAGAUCUACACGCUGGAGGGCAAACUGGUGUCAUGUCUGCAGGACUUCUUCGGCGAUGAAGACAUUUUUGUUGCGUGUGGACCCGAGAAGUUCCGCUACCAGGAUGAUUUGAUGCUGGACGAGACAGAGUGUCGUAUGAUGAAGUCGGUGGCCUAUGGAAAGAUGACUGGCUCUCUGAGCCGAAGCUCCCCAAGGACUGUCGUCCCAACAAGAUGCAGCAAAUCCCCCGUGUGUGUGAAUGGGACGCCGGCCAGUCAGCUCUCCACUCCUCACUCGGGAAAGUCUCCCAGCCCCUCCCCACCAAGCCCAGGCAGCCUCAGCCAACGCAGGGACUCCCAGGGUUCCUCUGCCUCUCUGUCUUCUGCCAAAGUUUCCAACUCAGUUGAAGAUGGAGACGGACUUGUUACCGAAGCUGAGGUUCUAGUGGACGAGGUUCCAGCUGUGCCGCCCUACAUAUGGGAACGCUACAAGGUGGGACGCACGCUGGGUGACGGCAACUUCGCCGUGGUCAGAGAGUGCGUGGAGCACUCCACGGGGCGGGAGUACGCUCUGAAGAUCAUCAACAAGGGGAAAUGCAGAGGCAAGGAACACAUGAUCCAGAAUGAGGUGGCCAUUCUCCGCAGGGUCAAACAUCCCAACAUCGUGCUGCUCAUAGAGGAGGUGGACACUUACAGUGAACUUUAUCUGGUCAUGGAGCUCGUUAAGGGGGGCGAUCUGUUCGACGCCAUCACCUCUGCCAACAGAUACACGGAGCGAGACGCCAGCGGAAUGCUCUACAAUCUGGCCAACGCCAUCAAAUACCUCCACAGCCUCAACAUCGUGCACCGAGACAUCAAACCAGAAAACCUGCUGGUGUACGAGCACGCAGACGGCAGCAAAAGCCUGAAGCUGGGAGACUUUGGUUUGGCGACUGUGGUGGACGGACCUCUUUACACUGUCUGUGGAACCCCGACAUAUGUAGCACCUGAAAUCAUCGCAGAAACAGGAUAUGGCCUUAAAGUGGACAUCUGGGCAGCUGGAGUCAUCACAUACAUCCUGCUGUGUGGUUUCCCGCCCUUUCGAGGGAGCAGUGACGACCAGGAGGUGCUUUUUGAUCAGAUACUCAUGGGACAGCUGGAAUUUCCUCUCCCGUACUGGGACAACGUGUCAGAAACUGCCAUGGAGCUGAUCCGAUCGAUGCUGGAAGUGGAGGUGGAUCAGAGAUACUCCGCCCUCCAGGUGCUGGAGCACCCGUGGGUCACUGACAAGGGUCUUUGCGAGAACGAGCAUCAGUUGUCUGUAGCAGGGAAGAUAAAGAAGCACUUCAACACCAGUCCCAAGGGCAACGACACGACUGCAGGGGUGUCCGUUAUUUCUUUGGAUGACAGCUUUUCUAUGCAGAGAUCUGGGUCAUUGGAUUUCUACCAGCACCCGGCCAUGUACUGGAUAAGGCCACCGCUCUUGAUAAGGAGGGGCAGGUUCUCAGACGAGGACGCCACCCGCAUGUGAAGCCGCUGCCUUUGACGACGACGACGCAGCCGACGACACCAAUAACAACAACAACAACAACAUCGACGACAAAAACACAACGGGCGGAGCCUCCCAGUUGCCUGUCCGUGGCCCCUACUCCCUCUCU